UGCAGGCGUGCCCGGGAACGGAGGGUCGCUCCCCGCCGGGUGGUACCUCAGGGCCCCUCCUCAGGCCUGCGGGAGCCCUCAGGGCCGUCCCCCUCACACCGGCUCAACGCCGCUUGUUCUCCCUCAGGGUCAACGGGGAACGGGGGAGCCUCUGCUGAGCGUAACAUCCUUCAAGUGUUCCCGGUUCCGCUAAUGCCUGGCAGUGCUCUGGCCCCCAGUCCCCUAUGAAUUCAUCACUGCUGCGUUCUGCUUCGCCCCAGGCAUUUAGCCCAGAUCACAAGAGCAGCAUCAUUAGGAGACAGAGACAAGAACUCAAGCUUUUGAUUGCAGAACUGAAAGAUCGUGACAGGGAGCUCAAUGACAUGGUAGCAGUGCAUGAGAGGCACAUUCAGGCCUGGGAAAAUGAUCGCCAAAAAAUACUGAAUUUAGCAGAACGAUGCAGCUUAUUAACCAGCGAGCUGAACGAGAGAAAUGCAGUUAUAAAAUCAYUGACCAAAAAGUUAAAGUUAUUAGAAACCCAGCAGAAUGACAGUCAGAUGACACUUGAACACACACAACAGAAGUUCAAAGAGCUCAGUCAAAAAGUCACAGAUUCAUCUGUUCACUGCCAGGCYCUGGAGGAGAAAAAUCAGAGUCUCCACUGCUCAAUUUUGGAGCUGUCUGCUAAAACAGGCCAGCUUCAAGCGAGGGAACAGGAGCUGCUCACUAUGCUUCAGCUGAAGGACAAGGCCUUACUUGAAACAACUGAUCAGAUUACUGAGGUUACAUCCAAAUUUAAAACGCUGGAAAGUGCGUUGCGUGCAGCAAAGUUGGAGGAAUUCAGUCGCAACAGAGAACAGCAGGACCUCAAACUGACACURAAUGAUGUCUUGUUUCAAGUAAAUAACAUGAAAGAUGUCCUCUCUGAAAAGAUGAAAGAAAGCAGCAAGCACCAGGAAGAAAUCAGUCACCUGAARAAAGAAAAUGGCUGCUUGAGGAGUGAGCUGAUAUUGGCAGUGGAGGAAGCACAGAGAAAGGAUCAACUUUAUCAGUUUGCCAAGUCCAAGCAAGCGCGGAUGGAAAGAGAAUUGUCCAGCUUGCGGCAGGUCUGUGCAAAACAGCAGCGGGACUUGCACUUCCUCCAUAUCAACUUGGAGAGCUCUGAGGACUCAAGGCAAAAGAAUGAAAAGGCAGCAAGUGGAAGGAGCUCAGGGGCCACAUUCUCUGCCUCUGAAAGCCCCAGCGAGACAGACAUGGGUAGGACUGAGGGCAGCCACAGGAUGUACGAGGAGUGUGGAACUGCACCAGUUCCAGAAAGUAGGGUAAAACCCACCCCUGAGAUGUGUGAAGUAGAUAAUAGACAGUUACUGAAUGCAUCAGACUUGGAGGAAACUACCUCAGCGUUCUUAAACCGGUGUCAAAAAGUUGUGAAAGGCUUGGCUGUCCCUGCGGAAGAAGGAGAAAAGCAGGAUGUUGCAUCAAGCUUUGAUGAGCUAGACAGUGAAAAAUCCCAUGAGGCAAACAACACGAGGCCAUUGAGAAACAGGGAAAUUGGAGAGAAUGGAGUGAAAAGCAGAGACCGAAAAGCCUUUGAGGUGUCUGUACCUUCAUAUGAGCGCUGGCUUAGCAUCAAAUCUUGUGUAGAUUUGCAAAGCACUUUGAUGGAGAACCACGUCACGUCUGACAAAACUAGUAAUGGAAACAAAACUUGGGAAGAGAGAUCUGAAAUGGAGUCUGACAGAACUGGUAGUGAAAACAAAACUUGUGAAGAGAAAUCUGAAAUCGAGUCUGACAGAACUUGUAGUGAAAACAAAACCUGGGAAGAGAGAUCUGAAAUUGAGUCUGGCCGAAAAAGCGGAGAGACUCCUGUGACUUGCAAGUCUGAAUCUGAUUCCUGUAUUAGUAACUUCAUCGUAAAUAAAGGUGAACGAUGGAAGCCGCUAUCAGAUCUGGAAUGGUUGGAGAUUUUCAAACCCAAAAAAAGAGACGGAAAUACGCACCGUGGAAAAGAUUACUGCUCUUUUGAGACUGCACGAAAGAUGAAAUGUACCUGCUCGAAAAGUGAAGAAAACGUGGAUCUGAAUUCCUACUUGGCUUCUGCCCAUCUGACAUCCACUCAGAAGAGCGACAUGACUCAGAGCUCCGAGAAAGUUUCUGGUGAAGACUCCCCUCUGGACAUCAGUGACCUGGCAGUGACUAAACCAACAAACAGAUAUUGGAUGAACAGAAACACCAGCUCUCUGUUCAGGCGGCUGGAGCGCUCGUUGGCCCAAUCCCGACAGAUGCUUGCUGAUCUGGAGUUCAACCUUCUCCACGCAAAUCCUUCCUGCAUUCCCAAAUCUGGCAACAUGAAUAAGAGGAAGAAGUUGUUUCCAACACAGAAGUAACUCUGAGGACCAAAGAUCAUCGACCCGGCAGCUACAAUGGAAAGUUACCUCAUUUUUUUCCAUUGUCCU